UUCGUCCUUUGAAUCAGUAGCUUACUCUACAAAUGUUGGAUUCAGUUUCAAAAAGAAAAAGAAAAAAGAAUGCUGUUGGACUCCCUGGCACCUUGCUGUGGCGUCUUCACCCUCCCUUGAAGAAAACUUGGGGAGGAGAGACAGAAAACUUGGCUCCUAGUAAAUGAGUUUUCUUGUGAAGCAAGGAGGCUUGAGUCACUCCCUCUUAAAUCCCUGCUGCUUGGAUUGAUCCAAAGAGUUGGCCGUGGUCGUGGGUUAACUCCCUCAAGCCGGAGAGCCAUGGAUUCAUGGUUGCUUCCACAGAGGUGGUAGCGUCUUCCUUGCUCCCGUUUUGACCCGCAGAGCAAGUCACUGGUGCUGUCGUUAUAAGUCAACCCAAGAACCAUCCGAUCCUCUUCUUCUAUGCCUCGGUGCGUCGCCGGUCGCCAUGGCGCUGCUGUCGAGGCUGCGGCUGGUCACCGUGGACGUGACGGGGACUCUGAUCGCCUACAGAGGGCUGCUCGGCGACUACUACUGCACGGCGGCCAUGUCCGCCGGCCUGCCGUGCCCCGGCUACGCGCGCAUGCACCAGGCCUUCAAGGCCGCCUACGCCGACAUGACGACCAAGCACCCCUGCUUCGGCCACGCCUCCAGGAUGCCCGACGACCUCUGGUGGAAGAUGUGCGUCAGGGACUCCUUCCUCAGGGCAGGACACGAGUACGAUGAUGACACAUUCGAGCGGAUCUUCGGGCAAAUCUAUGCCGUCUUCGGCUCCCCCGCCCCGUACUCGGUGUUCCCCGACGCGCGGCCCUUCCUCCGAUGGCUGCGCGGGGAGGGGGUCAUGGCCGGGGUUGUCACCAACGCCGACCGCCGUUACAGGGACGUCGUCCUGCCCGCGCUGGGGCUGAACCAGGGGUCCGAGUGGGACUUCGGGGUGUUCUCGGGCGUCGCCGGCGUCGAGAAGCCCGACCGGAGGAUCUACGAGAUGGCGCUGGAGGCGGCGGGGGGCGUGGCGCCGGAGGAGGCGCUGCACAUCGGCGACAGCAUGAGCAAAGACUACGCGCCGGCGCGGGCCGUCGGGAUGCACGCGCUGCUGCUGGACAGGUUCGGGACCGCCGACGCCGAGAGGUGGCGGCGGUCCGGCGCGGUGGUGCUCCCUGACCUCGUCUCUGCCCGGGAGUGGCUCACACGAGGUCCCCCUGUUGUACAUGGAAGAACCAACAACGCCUGGGCGGAGGACUGAUUUACUGAUUACUCUGAAAAACAGGGUGCAGAGAUGGGACAUGAGUGAGCAUUGCUCCAAGUGUAUGAAAUCUGGGGGACACAAGAAACGGCACUUGGAUAUAAUCAUUCCGUGAUGAGAUUGCCAAUUGUUGUGAUGUAAGCAAGGGUGCAAGUUAAAACAAUUGAUUCAGAGUUGAUGCGGUGCCAUAAUCAAUGCAGAAAAUGGCAGACCGGCCGUCUUAGAGUGUGUGCAUGAUUUGUAAAGACGGGUGUAUGAACGUAUUUAUAAAUGUAUGUGUCCGUAUUGUGUUCUACAAAUAAAA